AUGUCUUCCGACGACUGUAACGGUCGCCUAUCUUUGUGCUCCCCUUCUCGCUCUUUCGCGAUUUCCAAUCUCGUCUUCGUCCUUGGUGUCCUCAAGAUUGUGACCUUGGUCUCCUUCUACGUUGUUGUUAUCAUGGCUGGACUGGCCUUCGAUGUCUACCGCUGCCAGCUCGACCCUUCGACGCUCCAGGAUCCUGAUCUAUUCAUUCAUUCACCCAGGCUUCAGGAAGCGGAGAAAGCUGUCUUCCCCUUGAAGGCUACUUCUUCGUCAGCUACAUGUACUUCAUCUCCAUCAGGCUUCCCUUCGUCCUCAUCGUCCCCGGCCAUCCUGGAAUCAUCUUUGGACAGCCCUCGUCUGGUACCUGAGCCUCGGCUACACUGGAGCAUCAGCUGUUCCGACAUUAGCCCGCAGUUUCACAACGCUCCGAUAGGCCCUGGCCACCAUAUCCAUGCGCUGUUCUCCGAUGCGUGGAGCGAGAACGCCGUUCUCCUGAAGCAGCUCUUACGUGUGCAGGAUGCUCUCGAUACCGCCAACUCUGAUAUCGACAAUCUCGUACUGGCGAACUUGACCAUGACCAACCAGAUGGACCGUUUUACGCGCGAUCUGGAGAUCGAGCAGUCUGCCAACACUGCACUCCGCUUCGAGAUCGCAAACCUUAAGGCCGAGCGCGACAAACUCAUAGCCGAGAAGAAGUCAUCUGACUUGCAGCAAGAACACGGUGAAGAAGUCCAAGCAUUGCAAGGAACGCUCGUCCGGACGAAGAGGGAGCUCGAAGGAGCCAAGAGGGAGCUCAGGAAGUUGAAGAGAGCAGCUGCAGGAAUCCCUGAAUUGAAGAUAAUAUCUCCUGACGGGAAAGUUAUACCCCACAUCACUACCUCGAGCAGCACUGAUUCCUUGAACGAAGAUCGAAAUAUCGCGAUGAGGGAACGCCUUACGCUCGCGUACACAGAGGUUGUCGGUCUUAGGGACCAGUGCGAAGCUUUGCGGCGUCAUGCAGAUGAAAAUGCAGAGUUGCAGGAGGAUGUCAAGCAGCUUCUCGCACAGCGAUCGGGUCUCUGGGAUCAGGUUGAAGCGGCCACCAGUGCCUGUCGCAAGCUGGAGGAGGAGAACAAGAAAUAUUUCCGCCAGUUUGUGGAGAUUAGAGCUGAGCUAACCAAGGUAGAGAAGAGAACUGGAAUCGCGAUUUCAGUCAUCGAAGAAGAGGAGGAAGAGCCCGAAAUAGCAGGCAAAGCUGAAUUCGAGGUUCCACCGACUAAUCAGGGUUGUCGUUCGGCAUUUGAUGACGACUCUGACGACGAGUCCAUUACUUCCUCGGUUUCGUGUUAUUCGAUGGCAUCCACAGAUGACUUUGACGAAUGCACGGAUUUUGCAUUCGACGUCGUUCCGGGCUCACCCCUCGCGGAUGCAAUUUCCGUGUAUGCCAGUAUCCACCAGCCUAUUGGUGUCAGUCAUCGUCCAUUUGUUAUACGUCGUGGUCUCGGUAUUCCCAUCGUCCGUCCUUCCUGGCCUCCCGCUAGCUCCGUUGUUACCCCUUUCGACGAAGCGUCCCCUAAGCGGAAGUUGGCUCUGGAUCUGGAUGAUGCGACGCCCAAGACUCGUCGGAAGCACGACGAAUUCGGUCGCAGGCUGUUCCUUUGGUUUGCGGUGGUUCUGGUUCCGGUUGCAUCGUUCGGCUGGGAUGCUUUCCCUCGGGGAUCCUGA